AUGAGGCAAUCUUCUUCUCGCUCAGACAAGAGACGAAGGCUCCGCGGGCCUCAAGCUCCCAGAAGCAACAAUGAUGCCAAAAGUAGACAGGAGGAACGCGACAGAGACCAUCUGGAACAGGAUGGGAAGCACGCCUAUAUCAACUCCUGGAUACAGACCUUGCCUUCGCAACCCAGUUUCGACAGUGGCUCUCAAGAAGCUGACCAAGACAUCGAAGACGUGGAGAGGUGGAAGCCUCAUAACUUGCCUCUAAGUAAAUAUAGGUCCGACUACGGAAACAAACUGGACCAAAAUCGAUCCUCUUGGGUUCUGAGGGAUCACCCGCUUCAAUCGCCGCCACGCCCGCAUGGCAACGAUAACGGCUCAUCAGGCAGCUCGUCUGCCUCCGUGUCCUCUAGCAAUGGAACAGAUCACCCGAAAUCAGCAGCUCCAGAGAAGAAUGUCUACAGAAAGAGACCAAGAGCUAGAACCCGACCAAAUCGUUACGAUUCGAAGACAAGGACAUCUCAUACCCCCCGGAAUGAGCACAGGCCUAGAAAAAAACGGAAAUCUGGAACAAAGUGGAGAAAACCACCUGAGGAGAAACCAUCCAAGAUGCGCAGUAGUCGAUCGCAAGCUCUUCGGUCUCGGAAGGAUAUCAUGAACAGAUUCACGUCCUCUGCGAUCCCAAGUACGACAACUAGGGUUACGCUGAAACCGAAUUUCACGGCCGGCUUAUUUAUGAAUGGGAGAGGCCCACUCUCAGGACCUAAUACCGACCCUGUCGACCUAGAACCUCCCAUUGAUAAGUCUUCAACGCCGAUGAUACCUUCCGGCAACUUAGAAACUACCGUCCCGGAAGAUGGCCAGGGUGAAGAAGAAAAUUUGGAACACAUAGAACUGAGGACUAGGAAGCGAAGACGGAACUAUCUUGAUGAAGCUGAAGACUUUUUCGCUCACGGGCACUUGAAUCAUGAGACACCGAUUGACAUGAACGACGCGAUGGCAGCGCAAACAAAAGAGGCCAACCCAACGUGCGAAGCGUCCAAAGGCCACAACAUGCAAGAAAGCCCUCUGAAAGGGGAUCUAGAGGGUCGGGCCUUGGAUGGAAAAGCGUGUCCUCAACCUGACAAAUCCGGAAUGCGUGAUGUCCUCGAGAGCAACACCGGCCCUGACCCGCCGGUCCCAGUUGUAUCCAAGACUGAGGCCCUGGCAAACAGUCCGGAAUCGGAUGGAAGUUCUAUACCCACCCCUAUUUUGAGGAGGCUUUUCCAAACUGGAGUUUUCAGUUACCAGAAUUCCUUUGCGAAAGAUCAAAGAGAAACACGCGCACCUGAGCGAGAGGAGAUCAUUCCUGGCAGUCACUUAAAUGGGCUGGGCAGCAACAAGGGUUUGGAAACCAAUCAGUUUCUGGCCUGUGACACCCAGCCGUCCACAGAAGAAAUUGAACACAGCGUGGAACCCGAGUAUGGCGUCCCUGGCCCAAUUUGCCGGAAUGGAUUCCCAUCUACAGCCAUGGGUGACAAGCAGCGAGAAUACGACACUGCCAAUGCAUCACCAUAUGUUUGA